AUGAUUGAUCCAAAAUAUCGAUUUUGGGUCGACUGCAGUUCAACCAACCAUGUCAACGAUGACAUUACUGUCAUGGACUUCGAUCAGCGCCGUCAUUAUAGGAUUCGUGGCCCAUCGAGUUUCUUGAGACUUGACCAUGAACGCGAAGGAGUCGAUGCGAUUGAAGUCUUGAAGCGCUACAUGAAUGAACUCGAUCCUGCUGUUCAUACCAUCAACGUCGAUGCCACAGGCGCUCUCGUCUCGACGUCGUCAGAUCCUGAAGAAGACCCUCAAGAGGCAAUCUUCUAUCCAAGUCUUCUCGAUGCGCCAAGUCUCCAAGAUUGCUGUAUGAUUGAGAUGGCCAAGCUGACUGAGCUUGAUCGGAUCAUGCCUGGUGUGGACCUCGUAAAUUACGAAGACGACGAUGGCACCACGAAGAAAGUAGUAUUCAAGAAUACACCAAUCAUGCAGUAUCGACAUCGCAGAUGGAGAGAAAUCAUCAUGCUCCAUGGCUUACCUGCACAUCCUAACCUGGUCCCUUUGGAUCGCAUUGUGGUUGACGACACAACAUCACAACACAUACUCGGCUUCACAGUUCCAUACCUUCCUGCACCUUCACUUGACAAAGACCAUACCCAACUCUUUCGGCUGGACUGGUUGCACGAAUUGACCUCUCUCGUUGAUUACCUCAACUUGGAACUUCGCAUUGCCAACCAAGACAUUGCACCUAGAAACCUCAUCUGCCUUGAACAAGCACCCACGGGUAGCCAGCUUAAAAUGAUUGAUUUCGAGUAUGCAACGGCCAUGGGAUUGCCUUGGCACGUCGAGGAGUUCAACGAUGUCAAAGGAGUCAUCUUCACUCUGUACGAAAUCAUUACACUGGACAAUUCCUAUCGAAAGGUUCAUCCCUCGAAGCAAAACCCCGAUCUGGUCAUGAAUCUCGAGGGUUGGCCAUGUCGACGUGAACUAGAUGCAGAGGUUGAGGACUUCCGUCUGCAUUUGAAGGAAUGGGUUACAAGUCGUCGAGCUCUAAGCCCGUCUACACCGACUCCACCACCGUUCCCUGAAAUGCCUAAACCAAGGCCUGUCAUGUAUGAUCUUUAUACGAAAGAGACUGUUCAGAUGGAUAUGCCACAGAUGUCGCGGGCGAACGCUCAGAAGUAUGGCAACUAUAUUAUCUCGUGGCAGCGUCCACCUAGUACGAAGCCAAGUGCUACAUAG